AUGAUUUCAGGUUUAGUGCAAGUUGCAAAUUGGAAAGCACUUCCAUUCGAUCAGAUCACCGACAAUUUGGACGAUACAGUGGAGUCUUUGCUGAAGGAUAUCAGUAAUCAUGUCACACUCAAAAUACUCACCAAGCAAUCCUCAACAGAUUCAUCGAGUUCACAGUGCUUAUCAGACCUGAAACAACGUCUUCUGAAGGCAGCCGUCUCAAAACAACCACAUCUACUUUCGACAGUUGACAAUCAUCAAAUCAGGGAUUUAAUACAACAAGUGAUAUCUGGUGAUGAUCCAUCGAUGUUGAAUUUCGAUCAGAUACAAGCAAUCAAUGAAUGGCUUGAACAGCUCGACGAUUCACAUAGCAAUCAAAAAAGCCCAUUCACUACAAGAUUCAAUCAGCUCUUAGAAAUACCAAAGUUGGAGCGUUGGUUUCGGAGUGAACAAAAUCCAUCACGACAGAAACUGAUCAAUUAUAUGAACGUGUUGAAUGGUUCAAAUUAUAGACGUCAUAAUACAAAGAUCACUUAUCAACAAAUAUGCAAUUGGUUCUCGAAUCAGCGUGCAGCCAACAGGCAAUCAACAAAGAACCGUCAAGCAUCACCACUCCAGAGUCUGUCGAUGUCACAGUCCCUGUUGGUUCCGAACGUACAAACAACACUUCCAAACGAUUACCGUCCAAAAUUUGAUUUUAACUCAUUACUUGAGAAUAAACAAGCAAAUGGCCCAACGAAUGAAGAAUUCCAACGUAUCGAUGGCGGGUCUGACUCACCAACGCCGAACGAUGAUGCAUCCGUUCACAGUGUCAGCGAUAAUGGAUCCGAGCAAGAAGCCAUGAAACAGGAAUCGACUACUUCAUCACCAGAGUUAUCACUUGAUCUGAAUGGUAGUCUAGCGUCAACAUCACCUAAACCCAGGCCUUCAUCUGCCUCCAAUGGGAUGUCAUCGAAUGGUCAGUUGAGUCAAUCCCAGACACCAUCAAGUACUGUCGCAAGGUCGAGACUAAUGUUCGAUCCGCUCACUGAAUUACCGGUUCUUGAGAAAUGGUUCGAAGAGAACCCUCAUCCGACAUGGAUACAGAUUGAUCAGUAUACAGAAGCGUUGAACAGCUGUCAAUACCGUCAGAGUUACCCACCAAUCUCAACACAUAACGUCAAAAUUUGGUUCAAAAAUCGCCGAGCUAAAUGUAAGCGAAUGCAAACGGGAGAGAAUGUUAAACUCAUGAUUUAA